AUAUGGAAAAUGACACUACCUUGAAAACACCAUUUGAUGGUUAUCACGGAACUACCGAAGUAGUUGAAACAGAUACCACGUUUAUUAAAUACGAGCAAUUUUCUUCGACGGGCGAUUUAAUGUCCACACUUUCGCCUGAAACGAAAACGUUUUCUGUAGAGAGGAAAAAUGGUGAAAUUCCCUCGACAACUGAAAACACUGUGAUUACUUUUGCUGAAACCUCUAAUGGGAAUGAGCCAAACGUGGUAAGCGUAGCUGAACAAAUGACCACAUCUACUGAACAUAAAAUGCAAUCUUCUACUCUGACUGAAUCAUCAUUCUCUGAUACGUUCGAAGGUACUACGGAAUUGGAAAUAAUCAACAAGGGAAGUGGAUCAACCACUGAAGAACUCACUACUUUCACUCUUCUUGCAAAUGGUACCGAAUCAAGAUUUGAUAUAGAAGCUCACACCACCUUGGAACCAACGUUGUUAUCUGAGAAUGUUUCGUCCAUGGAAGAGCAUACUGUUGAAAGUUCUCCAAUUGGCGAGUCCAGUUAUCCAGUGAACAUUGAUGACACCAAUUCAUUACCUGCAACUAUCACAAAGUCGAAAUUAGAAUCUACAGAAAACUACGUCACCAUGAUUAUGGAACACACCGGAGCAAAUGCAUCUGCCGUGCCAUUUUCAGAUCUAGACAACGCACUUCAAAGUAAAAAUGUACAAACGUCACCUCUAUUUCACAGUACUUUCCAUGAUGAUUUUUUUACGAAUGUAACAAGCGAAGCGUCGUUAACUACUCUUCCACCAAGAAUGACCACCAAUAAUUCCAUUUUUAUGACUGUGCCCAUUUAUACCACAACCAUGGCAUCCAUUCAAAAUUCUGCGGAACAUGCUACCACCGCUUCUACGCCAGUAGAUGAUGAAGUGAACGACAUUAUUCUAAAUGAAUGUGCUUUCCGAACGAUGCACUUGAAGGAUUUUGAGGACAUUACCGAAUUUCCACCAACUACGCCGACGGAAGGGGCAGGGAAGUACGCAACUUGUUUGACGGACAGCACAAGUCAUGGAAGUACCACUGGACGAACAAGCGAAGUUGUAACCUCACAAUCUGAAUAUUCAACUGUACAAGAAUCUAGCUCAACUUCCGUUGAGGUAGCCACAAUUACUACAACGAUGCGUGUUACUAAACUUUUCGAUGCCAAAAAUCACGGUCAAACGGAAGCACUCACUUCUUUAGGCCAUGGCGAACACCAAACCGCCAAUAUAACAGAAAUGCAGCCCAAGGAUGUCAAUUACCCUACCACAGUGUUUAAACCCGAUGAAAUUACGGAAGCUACCCAGGAGUCAGUGUCUGGAGGAGAACACCUUCAGUUGCCGACUGUAUUCGAAGAGGAGGGGCACAUCCCUAAGUACAGUUCACUCCCGAAUUUUCCAAAGGAGAGCACAUGCAACCUGUCGGAUUACCUCACGCAAAAUUAUUGCGUGUGCUCCAUGGAUAACCUUAUAGCAGAUGUUAGAGAUAAAUUGGCCCGCGGCAUUAAAUGGAAUUUUGAAAAUUAUUCGUGCCCCAUCCUUACUCACGUUGACAACGGGAUACCUUUGGAGAAUAACUCAAUACCGCAUAUCGUGAAAAGAUUUGUUGACCUGCCAGAUUUAUAUCGAAGUAAGAGAGAAAUUAUUCCCAAUUAUCAAGUUGAUAGAUCGCUAAGCGAACAAAUGGAGUUAAAGGGAAGGGAUAACGAAAUAUUUGCUACUCCAGGAAUGAAGGUAAAGUUGCCGUGCCUUUACAACACGGACGUGGUGGAAAGUACCGUCAAUUACAGUUGGACAUUCUCAGAUUUGCCAUUAACUGAAGGAAAGGUGCAGGAGAAGAAAGGGGUGCUAAUUAUAGACAACGUAUCUCCACAGGACGGUGGGAACUACACUUGCACGGUGAUUUCACACGAUGGUGCCGAAAUGAAAUAUGAGCAUUACGUUUCUGUAGUUGCCCUUCCUACAUACACGUUAACCACAAAAGUGGUUUACAAUUCGACUCAAAAAUGUCAACCUGGCGAUACAGAAAUAGUAUCCUUAUAUUUUCCAGGGACGUUGGGAAGUUACGUUUGCGGUAGCUAUUUUAAAGUUUGCAAAAUUGAUGUAAAUGAACCACAAUGUUUUGAAGAAUAUAUUUCGUUAAACUUAUCGGUUGCGAUAGAGCCCAUGGACGUUAUUGUACCUAGUUUGAAUACUGCAUCAUGUGAUGUAAAUUGUGAAAUGGCUAUUUACUCUCGAAUUGUGAUGUUCAUCAUCAAAAACUUGGAGAGUGUGGAAAAGCUACCCGUUUUCGUGAGGCUGUCCUAUCGACAAGAAAAGCUAGUACCCGUACAAGGAAUAGGCAAUUUCACAGAAGGGGGGUUCAAAGCAGAGUCACCAAAUCUAGUGAUUGGCUGUCAGCCCGGAUUUGGAUAUGUUAAGAAAACUCAUAUAUGCGGUGCAUGUAGCAGAAAUACUUUUAGUAGAGGAGACGAAACACGUUGCAUUGAAUGUCCCGCAGGACAAUACCAACCAAUGGCCGGAUCAAAAUCAUGCCUGGUCUGCGCAACUCCACUCCAAGAUCCUUACUGUUUACGAGUAGUGUAUUCGAAUACACAUAAAUUUCGUGUGAUGAUCGGUUCGGUAGCAGGCGUUAUUGUAUUUAUAAUCGUUGUGCUUUUAUGGUGCCAAUGCAGUAAGGGUAACGAUACUGAGAGGAAUGGUUAUAAAGCGGACUCGAGGAGGAGGAGGAAUCGAAACGCAGACCUCGAACGUCAAGAGAUGGAACCUUUAAUGAGUAAAGAGAGAAAAAUUAAACGUAGUAACUUAGAACCACCUGAACCACCACGGCCGGAUUUCUUUUAGCUUUAUUUUUUAAAUAAGUUUAACGUAAUUAUUAAUGUAUUUUAUGAAAAUGUACUAGAAAUAUACAAACUAUACACAAUUA